AUGCACGGCGACAUAAAAGAGCAACACCGUCGCCACCGACGUUCUGCAUCGUCUACUGGCUCGAAUCACGCUUCCCAGCGUACCGACAAGCCCAUACCACAACCGUCGGGGCUUUUUGCGCGCAUUCAGAAUCUUCGGACUGCAGCCAAUACAAUAUCAUCCCUGAGCUCGCUCUUGCCUUUCAAUGCGCCUCAGAUUUCUCCCCUGCCUACACCUUCUACGAGCGAUGUGAAUACCGUGCUGGGUGGAUCUCCUACAAGAAUCAAUAUCAACGUGGACGUCCAUACGCGUAUGCACAGCGAACACCCAGGAUCGAUUUCUUAUGUCAUGGAAGAGAAUGAGAGCCAAACGUACGCGAUUUGGGCUGGAUCUCCUCAUCCUAAUCGACGACGGACCCCAACAAACACCUUGCUUAAUGUGGAUACGCAAGCGACUGAACACGAUGAGGAAUUUCUCCAAACAGCCGCUUCCCUGCCAGAUCCGACGCAUAUACCUCAUUCAGAGUACGCUACUACGAAGCUCUUGAACUCACAUCCUCGUCGGAGUCGCAGAGCUCAGCAAGUCUCGCCGACGCACGUCAAGCGGCUUCUGUCGAGCUUCUACGAACCUUCUCAGGCGUUUGACGAUCAUACGCGGCCCUCUGCGAUUAAGCCUGACUACGUGAACGUGCCCUCCCUGGACCCGUCUCCCGUACUAUCUGAUAGGACGCCUCCUCUGACGCCAGACUCCUUCCACGAUUCUGGUGGCUCCCUUCCGUCUGUUACUCCGCGUCUUCGAUUCCAAAGUGCAUUCGAUGAGGAAGGACUAGGACUUGCAUUCGAGGACAACGCCGAUCUAGUCGACUUCGAACACAGCUAUAGAAUCCAGAACGCUGAAAACCACCACCGGCGGGCUGAUUUUGCCCAAGAAGAUGGAAUAUAUGCGCCUGCUUUAUCACGUUCAGUACAGCAAGGGAAGAGGCCAUUAUACCUAACCGAGGAUAUGAACGGCAGACCUGAAACUGCCCACAAUGCCCGCGAUACAGCUGAUAUCGUUGACGGCGAAGAGUGGGUUGGUCUCAAGUAUACAAUAGAACUGAGUACACGAGAACGCCAUCGCACACAAAGCCAACAACCCGCCAUCGAGGGCGAGCAUUCUAAGAGUCGUGCAUCCUGGGCUAUGCUCCACCAGGAAGUCACUCAUCCUGCUAUGAUUGAAGAAGAGUUCUACCAUUGGCGCCAGUGGCACAAGUUCCUCGAGCAGCACGAACAAAGAGAAAAGCAAAGGAACAUCGGUCAGCGUCAUUCGUAUGCUGUUCAACAGCAGAAUAGCCAGACUGCCAGUCAAGAUAACGAGAAACAGAUGAAAGAAGGUGCUUGGUGGAUACUUGGAAGUAAGAAGGAACAUAAAAGAGGGCUAAGCUGCCCUACUAGAGGCAAGUCAUUCGGCAGGACCGUUUCAAGUGAGGCGAACAUGGAGAGAAACAAGACAACGCCCUCCGUCCGCAGUCUUUUGGGUGUAUACGCGACUUACACACAUCCAGGUUUUUCAGAUAGUCGAUAG